AGUAAAUCUAAUUAACCCAAAACUACUUUUUUCUCUAUAAAGCUAAGUUGGAAAAUCGACUUUGUAUACUUCAGCUAAGUGCAUUUCAAAAUGUUUUUGUUGAAUGUGUUGACAACUGUGGUUAUCGCUGUUUCAGUGAUAAAUGCAGAGGAAAACCCAAGUAUGGAAAAUUGUGGCAUAAGCAAAACAUCGAAUAGUGAAAAUAAAAUUGUUGGAGGUCGUAAUGCCCUUGAAGGGGAGUUUCCUUGGCAGCUCUCUUUAGAAAUGAGAAUGAUGCCUGUAAUUUCUGAAUUUCAACAUAUUUGUGGUGCUAGUAUAAUCAAUGAAAAUUGGGCCAUCACUGCUGCUCAUUGCAUUGCUGGAGGUUAUUUUACAACUUAUCGUGUGGUGGCAGGAGCUCAAAAUAUUUCAAAGCGGGCUGCACCGACUUCUCAUGUGGUGCUACCAAUUGUCCACGAAGGCUAUAAUCCAGUAGUUUCGCUGAAAAAUGAUAUCGCGCUGUUGCUUCUUACUAAGCCAAUUAAUAUAGCGGAAUCGGAUGGGUAUAUAAAUGGAGUUUGUCUUCCAUCACGAGAUAUGGCUGAUAAUGUGACGGGCAUGGCAACAGUCACUGGAUGGGGAACUACGAGUCAAGGAGGUUCUCUUUCUGACACUCUAAGAGCAGUGGAUGUUCCUAUUAUAACUGACGCUAAAUGUCGUGAAGCUUAUGAAGAUAUGAUUGAAGACACUAUGAUUUGUGCUGGUUAUGAAGAAGGAGGAAAAGACUCCUGUCAGGGUGACUCUGGUGGACCUUUUGUGCAAAGAUCCGAAGAAGGUGUGUCAACUUUAAUUGGCAUUGUAUCUUGGGGAAAAGGAUGCGCUCAGCCAAACUACCCAGGUGUUUAUACAGAAACAGCGCAUUAUAUGGAUUGGAUUGUUCGUACAAUGAAAAAUGUAGGAAAUCGUCAUGUAUGUUAUUUUAGAGCUCCUGGGAUGACAAAUAUCGACAGUCCUUAUGAGCAUUUGCUCCGCAAUGGCCCACCAGGAAUGGAUAAUGAAUGGGACGGCCAUACACUUGCUAUAAGAGACCAACAACCAUGGAAUAUUCCUAAAAUUCAUUCCUUUUACCAUAAACAUCAGAAUGAUGAUUUUUCUCAUUAUUCCGGAAUGAUUCCUGAAAUACCAAGUGUCUCCGGGCAAGAAACCCAAUUUACUGGAUUUUCAAGAGAAUUGUCUUUAUAUCAUCGAAUGCCUGGAAUACUACCCGAAUCCAAAGGGCAUUUUGGUUUGAUCCCAGAAUCACUGGAAAUGAUGACAGGAAAUCCUGAUCCAAUGGGACUGACCGGUAGGGUUCCUAACUCGAUAGGAAUCCCCGAAAACCCGUACGACGAAACUGAUAUACCAGAAAAAUUGCCCGAACCUGUUGGACUAUCUAAGAGGUUACCGGAAAACGAAGAGCAAAUGGGAAUGAUAGGACAAGGCGAGCAAAGGGUUGUCGGAGGAAGAGAUGUGGCUGAUGGAGAAAUUCCAUGGCAGAUUUCCUUGCAAAGAAAAUCAAUGAAAAGCGGCCGUAUUUUUCAUAUUUGUGGUGGCUCAAUAAUCAACAAAGAGUGGGUUGUCACCGCUGCUCACUGCGUUGCUUUGGCACUGUUGUCAAACUACAGAGUUGUAUCCGCAACGACUAAUCUCAGAGAUGAAAAUAGGAUAAAACAAUAUGAUUCCAGCGAUUACUCAAUUCACAGGGUAGUGGAUGUGCAUAUUCACGAUAACUACGACAUGUUCCGGUUUCGAAAUGAUAUUGCUCUUCUUCGAGUAGAUCCACCCUUCCAAUUUAGUCAUAAAGUGCAAAGUAUUUCUCUCCCUCCACCAGGAUACCAAGCUCAUGGUCACGCUUAUGCAUCUGGAUGGGGACUUAUGAAAGAAGGGGUUCGGGUGACACCAAGCAAGUUACAAGCAGUAACCUUGCCUAUUGUGAGCGAUUCAGAAUGUCGAAAAGCAUAUGGUGAUAAUUUAGCACCCACAAUGAUCUGCGCGGGUUAUAGAGAAGGGGGCAAAAGUGUAUGUCAGGGUGAUUCUGGAGGUCCUUUGUUCCAAAAGCAUGGAGGUCAAACUGUUUUAAUUGGUGUAGUAUCCUGGGGUGUAGGUUGCGCCAGACCAGGAAAACCCGGAGUUUACACUGAAGUCUCACAUUAUAUCGAUUGGAUUGAAGGCAUUGCUGGUGGAGGUUUAAGAAGCAGAAAUAUUGUGCAUUAAAAAAUAACUGAUUCCGUUUCGCUUGUUGGCAAUGAGCCAGAUUCAUCACGGGAUAUCAGACGCACAAGAGCAGAUAAACCAAGGAUGAAUGAUAACUGAGAUCCAUGCUUCACUUAAGGUAAGCUGAGUCCGUCAUAUCCGUUGACGAUGAAAUCGUAAACUAAUACUGUGGCCAACUUUGAGAACUUUGAGAUAUUAACUUAUCGUACAAUGAAUUAAUUUAUAUAAAUUAUUUGUUACAAUGUUCUUUUAUAUUUUGAAAUAUGUGCUCUAUAUAAAUAUCAUUUGAUCAUCAGAAUUUGAAGAAUUUGAUCUGUCAAAAUAGUCUGCCCUGCGAAUAUGUGAUAUAUUUUUGAAGUAGAUCAAAAAAUGUGACUGCAAUUGUAACUGAAUCUGAUCAAAUGGCAUUAACUUAAAAUUCUCAUGUCAGGAGCUCCAUAACAAGUCAACCUGCUCUUUUGAGAUUUAAAUGUUAAUUUUAUUUGUAGAAAUGAAAGAAAUAUGUCUGAAAUUCAUAGUUAUUAUAGUUUAUGCAUUACAUGAAAGAAAUAUAUUCGAGAUUGAUAUUAAUUCUAAUUUAUACGUGAUCAUUGAAUUUCUAUGAUUAAGUUUUAAUGUUGCAGCUUUUUAUAUGUUAAUUACCAGUAUCAGCAAAUAUGUUUGUUAUGUAAUUACAAGCGUCAUUUAGGCAGUAUGUCAACGUGAAUGUUUACAUAUAUUUACUUUAUACUGACGCAUAAAAUAUACAUUAUUUCAAAUUUCAAUUCUUCUGUUCUAAAGUUGGCUAAAAUGCAAAUAGGACAUCAAGGACAAAUAUAUUUAUUUAAUAUGUAAACUUUAAUAAUGAAAGUGCCUUGAAAGUGAUUUCAAGCAAUGUAAAAAUGAAAUUUUCUCUCAUAGAAUGUAACAAAAUGGAACAAGAUAACAUAUCUGAAAUUUCAUGUUUUAUUACUAAGUAAAACAUACGAGAAAUAACAAUGAAAAGAGUUCUUAAAUUCUUAAAGACAAAUACGCACAGUAGUUUGAAAUUGCUUAAUUCAGGUUAAAAUCAAAUAAAUACAAAAUUAUCUAACUAAAUAAAUGAAAAAAAUAAAGUAAGAGAAGCAAUAAAGGGAAACUGUUUUCUUGUUUAAUCUGAAAAUGUAUUUUAUUAUUAACUCUAUGAAAUCAGUUUUCAGAAGCUUUAAUAUGAUAGAAAUUUGUAUUGUAAAUAUUGAGGACGAAUAUAUAACUAAAGUAUUUGAAAAAUAAUAAGGAUCUGUUGUUAUCUUGUUCCGUUCUCCGAUUCUAUGCUACUUUUCCUAAUAAGACACGAUAUUUAAAUAAAGCCAACGCUUCUAUUUCGUGUCAAAACGCCAUUAAUGUACAAAGAAUGUUAUGCAUUGUUGACUGUAUGAAAUUAUUUUAUGUACAUGUAGUUGUUCUUUAUAUCUGUGUUUUGUGUAUAAAAAUAAAGCAUCUUUAAAAAA